GGACACCCUCAAGGGAUUUAAAUCAGGACUCAGGAGGAAAAGAUAUACAACCGAGCAAGGGGCCCUUGACGUAGGAGCCCGUGCUAACGGCACUGAUCAGAAUAGGGACAAAGGAGCAAUUUCUGCAAGUCAAGGAAGGAAAGCCGAGAUUUCCAGUUACAACCCAAACUCCUCUAAUCAGGUCACGAGCGGAGGACCCUGGGUGCAAUGGGCCCCGGACAGAAUCCUAAGCAGGAAAGAAGAGGACAAGAGUCAAGAGCAAAACAGGCCAAUCAUCCUCCUCAAUCCCACAAGUCACAUCAUCCAGGGACGAGUUCGAGUGAACCAAGGGGAAACUGAGGGCGAAGUCUCUCUGAGGGCGUUAAUAGGACCACACAGGGAGGAACAAGUGGUGCAAGAUCACAUGAAAAACAGAUCCAAAUGCUUGGGCCCCGCGACAAGCGCCCCGAAUCUGAACACAGGGGUCUAA